GCAGAAGAAUCCGAGAUUUUUUAUUUUUAUUUUGACGACUGAAAAAUGCUGCUGUUCGGGCUAGAAAUCCCGUUGGCAUGGAUUCUCACAGCCACUUUUUUGGCGUGGUUAGUGCACUACGUUUUCUUCGGAUUUGACUUUUUUGCAAAGCAGGGAAUCCCAACUGCUGAACCCGUCCUGCCUUUGGUCGGGAACAUUUGGAAAAUCUGGAAGCGGGAUAAUUUGAAAAUUGAAGUAGACCGACUUCAGAAACACGGAAGUCUUUACGGGACUUUUGAAGGAAAGAACCCAGUUUACGUGGCAGCGGAUCCCGAAAUCAUCAAGGCCAUCACCAUCAAGGACUUUGACAAUUUCGUCGAUCGUCGGGCUUUGAUCCCAGAAAACCAAAAGUACGUGAGCAAGUUUCUCUCUGUGCUUCACGGUCAAGAUUGGAAAGAUGUUCGCAGUGGCGUGUCUCCUGUUUUCUCCUCGGGUAAAAUCAAGCGGAUGUCGAGACUGAUGGAAGAAUGCUGCACUAGCUUGGUGAAGGUAACCGAAGACAGGGCUGCAAAAAACAAAGGGAUCAUUGAACUCAAAGAACUUUUCGGCGUUUACACAAUGGACAUAAUUGCAAGCUGCGCUUUUGGAACGAAAAUCGAUGCUUUGGACGAUCCCAACAAUCCUUUCAUCAUCAAAAGCCAGAAAGUUUUCCGAGCUCCAAGAAUGACGACAGCAUUUUUCCUCAUCCCACUGAUGUUUCCCUGGGUCACUAAACUUGGAGUGCAAGUGUUUCCAGCUGAAGAAGUGCUUUUCUUUGCUGAACUGGUCAAGGGUAUCAUUGCAACUCGCCGAAAAGAGAAUCAGAAACGUGGUGACGUGCUUGACGUGAUGAUUGAAGAAAUGGACAAAGAAGCAGCUGCUUUGAAGCUUGACCCAACCCGGAAACCCGUGAUGACCGAGGAAGUGAUCGUGUCACAGUGCGUCAUUUUCUUCUUGGCUGGGUUCGACACCACCGGAACUGCCUUGUCCAUGUGCUGUCACUUCCUGGCACUGGACCCGGAAGUACAGCAGAAGUGCCUCGACGAAAUCCGGUCGACGAUGAAGAAAUUCGAGGGUAAAAUCUGUCACGAAAUGAUCGCAGAAUGCCAUUAUUUGGACCAAGUGCUGAACGAAAGCCUGAGGAUUGCUCCACCAGCGGUGAAAUUUGCCCCUGAGAACAAAGGAAAUAUCAAACCCUUCACCUUCUUGCCAUUUGGAAAUGGGUCCAGGAAUUGCAUAGGGAUGCGAUUCGCACAAGAAGAAGCCAAACUCGCUCUCGCAACAAUUGUGCACAAUUUCAAGCUUUCCAAAUGCGAACAAACGCACGUCCCGUUCAAAACCUUGUCGAAUUCUUUCAUGAUUCAACCCGUCGAAAUGUUCGUGAAAUUCGACAAAAGGGAGUGA